AUGCGUCGUUUAGAUAGGGGCUCCAGGCGUUUAGGAUCAUUGUCAGUUGGCGAGUUGAAGAGGGCCUCUAGGCGCAUUAUUUAUUUAGCUCCAAGAGAGGUUUUUGGCAAUUUGACUGAACAGUUAAGUUCUGGUAACCAACUUGACACCAACUUCAGCAAGCUGAAAUCAUUAAAUCCUUUUGUGGAUGCCGAAGGCUUGCUUAGAGUAGGUGGAAGAUUGGAAAACGCAGACAUAAGUUAUGACCAGAAACAUCCCAUUAUAUUGCCCAAAAACCAUUUAGUGACUGACCUUCUGACUCGCACGGAACAUGAGAGGUUAUUUCAUGCUGGCACACAAACAACAUUGGCGAACAUAAGACUGAGGUAUUGGCCUAUUGACGGACGAAACACAAUAAAACGAAUCAUUCAUGGGUGUGUGAAAUGCGCUAGAUUCAGAGCAGCCUGUACUGAACAAUUGAUGGAAAGCUUGCCUAAGGAUAGGGUCACUGCCUAUCGACCUUUUCAGGUGGUAGGUGUUGUUUUGCAGGUCCAAUUGAAUGAAUUAAGGUCCAGUAGAUUAAGAAAGGCUCCGCGCAUUAAGGCAUAUAUUUGUUUGUUCGCCUGUAUGGCUACUGAGGCAAUUCAUUUUGAGUUAGCAACGAGUCUUUCUACAGAAGCCUUCAUGUCAGCUUUGCGGCGCUUUAUUGCACGACGUGGUUGUUACUCCGUGAUCCAUAGUGACAAUGGGAGAAACUUUGUUGGUGCCAAAAAUUAG